AUUCAAUCAAUAUAUAAGUAAGGCUAUAUAGAUAUCUAUGUAUGCCCUGUUUCUGGUGUGACACUGACACUGACAGUACUACUACUACUAGGAUAGGAUUUUGGGCCCAUUUAUUGCCUUUUUCUUCCUUUCUUAUAGUUCCCACACCAACCCAAUCCACAGCCAAACUGAUCAAACUAAUCAUCAAUUUCUCACUACUCAGAAUUCCUCUAUUCCUAGCUACUGUCUUUCGCUUUUUUAGAGAUUGGAAAAUGAAGUAGCUAGCUAGUAAUAAGAGAGUAUACUAAAGAAAAAGAAAGAGCUUUGCUGAUCAUCUCUAGUGUUUACACUAGUACUAUACUUUUGUUGAUUAAUUACUAGUCUUUUUUAUGAGUUUUACUUCUUCUCUUCAAGUUUGCAUGGAUUCAUCAGAUUGGCUACAGGGUACCAAUAUAGUUGAGGAGGACUCAUUGGAUUCUUCUUCUCCAUCAAACGACAUGCUGACGUGUUCAAGGCCGUUAAUGGAACGAAGGCUAAGACCCCCACACGACCAAGCCCUGAAAUGCCCUAGAUGCGAGUCAACCCACACAAAGUUUUGCUACUACAACAACUACAGUCUCUCUCAGCCAAGGUACUUUUGCAAGACUUGUCGUAGGUAUUGGACCAAAGGUGGCACCCUCCGCAACAUCCCUGUCGGAGGAGGUUGUCGUAAGAACAAGAAAGUCUCCUCCUCCUCCUCUUCCUCCUCCUCUAAGAAUAAGUCCAACGACAACAAUUUAGAUGUCGUUUUGACUAACAAUAAUAAUGGGCCCACCGACCUCCACCUCUCCUCCUCAUCCUUUACUCAUGACCAACUUCAGUAUUGUCACCUCGGGUCAGGCCCAAAUAGCUUCUUUGAAAGCCCAAGGCCCAUUGAUUUUAUGGACACUAAGUUUGAGGCCCUUGUGGGAAACUCAUCAGGGAGUUAUGAUUUUAUGGGGAAUAAUAUUGGAGAUUUGGGUAUGGCUGGGAUGGGACUUGGUAUCAUAGGUGGUGGUGGUGGUACACAUCAUCAUCAUCAUCAUCAUCCACAUCAUCAUGGAAUGGUACUUGAACCCAAUUUUAGUAAUAAUGGCUUAUGUAGUCCUCCAUUUGGGAUGUCCCUUGAUGGGACAAGUACGGGGACUUUUAUGGACACGUGUCAAAGGAUAAUGUUACCAUACGAAGGGAAUAACAACAACAACAAUAAUAAUCAUGAAGAUGAUCAUCAAAAUGGAAUGGAUGUGAAGCCAAAUCCUAAGCUCUUGUCCCUUGAAUGGCAAGACCAGCAGGGUUGUUCUAAUGCUGGGAAAGACUCGUUUGGGUACCUCAAUGGGUUAGGGUCUUGGUCUGGCGUCAUGAACAAUUAUGGACCAUCUACAUCGAACCCAUUAGUUUAAUUUUUAUAUAUUGAACUAAUAAUAAUUUUUCCUUUCAUUAUUAGUAUAAAAUGGGUUCGAUCAGUAGUGUUGUGAUUAGUGACUUCAUUAUGAUGGUAUGUUGAAUCAUCUUCGUUAGAGUAUUAUAUAUAUAGCUAGGUUAUUAGUUCUUCUACAUAUAUAUUUAAGGUUUCUAAGAAAAAGAUUGUCCUUUUGAAGUGUUUUGUAUUUAUAUUUAUAUAUAUGUUUCCCUCUUUUUGUUGCCCUUUAUUUAUUGGUUCUCUUUCAAU